GUUCCGUGCAGCCCGAUUCAAGUUUGAAGCGAAAAUUGAGAGCCGUGCUUGUGCAGCGAACACGUCGGAGGAAGAUGCGCGCGCUUCUUGUCUGCCUCUCUUGCUGCCGCGAGUCUAACGAGCAGUCCGAUUCCUCGCUAGUGCAAGGUUUCUCAACUCUCACAACCUCGAGCUCUCUGAUCCCUCGCCGCGACAAGCUACUUGAUGUCUCAACGCUGCGGGCUGCCUAAUCUCUCACCACGCCCACUCCCUGAUAUCUCGCCGCUGAAAGAUGUAACGAUUUUUUAUAGGGAGCGGAAUCAGAUGACUGCUUGAAGCGGCUAAUGAGCCACACAUUACUUCCGAAGCAUGUGAUUGCUGUUAUAAGAUACCAGAAAAAUCCUCUGAAGGCACUAGAGAUGUUCAAUUCUGUCGUGAAGGACAAUGGAUUCGAGCACACUUUCUCCACCUACAAGUGCAUGUUGGAAAAACUUGGUCUUCACGGGGAGUUUGAAGCGAUGGAUAGAGUGAUUUCAGAGAUGAGAAUGAAAGUGGAGAACUCUUUGCUUGAAGGAAUUUAUGUCAGUGUGAUGAAGAAGUAUGGGGGGAGGGGGAGGAUUCAGGAUGCUGUUGAUACCUUUGAGAGAAUGGAUUUUUUUGGCUGCGAACCUUCAGUUUUAUCUUACAAUACAAUCAUGAACAUUUUGGUUGAAUACGGAUACAAUGAUCAAGCUCACAAAGUUUAUCUGAGGAUGCUUGAAAAAAGAAUCAUCCCUGAUGUUUAUACCUUCACAAUAAGGAUAAAAUCAUUUUGUAGAACAAGAAGGCCACACGCAGCCCUGAGGCUUCUUAGGAACUUGCCAGAGAGAGGCUAUGAUGUUAAUGCAAUCACAUACUGCACUGUUAUUUCUGGCCUGUAUGGAGAAAACCACCAAUCCGAGGCAUGCAGGCUGUUUGAUGAAAUGCUUAGCAGAGGUGUUUGUCCUCACAUAGUUACAUUUAAUAAGCUUAUACAUGUUCUUUGUAGAAGAGGUGAUGUCUUUGAGAGCAGCAGACUUCUUGCUAAAGUUAUGAAGAGAGGUGUAUUUCUUAAUUUGUAUACAUACAAUAUACUAAUUCAAGGCCUUUUUAGAGGAUGCAAUUUAAAGGAGGCUAUACGUUUGUUUGAGUGCUUGGAUAAGGAUCUUACCCCUGAUGUCAUUACUUAUAAUACACUUAUCUGUGGCCUGUGCAAGAACUCUAAGGUUGAUGAAGCUGAGAGUUAUCUUCAUGAAAUGGUAAAGAGAGGAUGCUUUCCAGAUGACUUUACCUACAACACAAUAAUUGAUGGUUAUUGCAAAUUGGGCCGGGUGCAAAAUGCAUGUCAUCAUCUGAAGGAUGCAAUUUUCAAAGGGUUUGUGCCUGAUCGUGUGACAUAUUGCUCAUUGAUCAAUGGUUUAUGCGAGGAAGGUGAUAUAAAUCGGGCAACAGAACUGUUCAAUGAGGCUUUGGCCAAAGGCUUGAUACCUGAUGUUGUUUUGUAUAACUCGCUGAUCAAAGGGCUUUCUCGGCAAGGACUUAUUUUGCAAGCUUUGGAUCUAAUGAAUGAAAUGAUAGGAAAUGGUUGCAAUCCUGAUUCUUGGACUUACAAUAUCAUAAUCAGCAAUUUGUGUAAGAUGGGAAAUGUGUCCCUUGCCAAUAGUGUCAUGAAUAAUGCUAUUGCAAAAGGUUUCUUGCCUAAUAUUUUUACCUUCAACACAUUGGUGGAUGGUUACUGCAAGAGAUUGAAUGUGGAAAGAGCAUUGGAAAUAGUCGAUAGGAUGUGGAGUUUUGGCAUAGAACCCGAUAUAAUUACCUAUAAUUCUUUAUUGAAUGGACUUUGCAAGGCUGGAAAUACCAACGACGUGUUUGAGACAUUCAAAGAAAUGCCUUCAAGGGGUUGUCAACCUAACAUUAUCACCUAUAAUAUAUUAAUAGAGAGCCUUUGCAAGGUUCGGCGGAUAAAGGAGGCUGUUGAUAUGCUUAAAAUGGUGGCAAAAGAUGGGUUAAGAGCAGAUGUUGUUAGUUUUAACACAUUAAUAUAUGGCUUCUUCCAGAAUAAUGAUGUUGAUGGAGCUUAUGAAAUAUUUAGGAAAAUGGAAAAAGAGAAUUGUGUUGCUACAUUGGAUACCUACAAGGUAAUGAUUUCUGCAUUCUGUGAGAAGCUCAACUUGGACAUGGCAGAGAAAAUUUUAUUAGAGAUGAUUGGCAAGGGAAUUUCUCAGGAUGCAUUUACUUUUCGUGUCAUGAUUACUGGUUUCUGCAAGAUUGGAAAUGCUGACCGUGCAAAUGAACUCCUGAUGGAAGCUAUUAGUAACGGAUUAUUUCCAUCAAUGAUGACAUUUGGGCGAGUGAUGAAUUGCCUUUGUUCAAAAGAUAGAGUACAAGAAGCUGUCGGAAUUAUUCAUCUAAUGGUUACUCAUGGAGUAGUUCCAGAGGUUGUGCACACCAUUCUUAGUCCUGAUAAAAAGGAAAUUGCAGCUCCCAAGAUACUUCUAGAAGAGUUGUUGAGAAAAGGUCAUAUUGCCUAUUUUGCCUAUGAACUUCUUUAUGAUGGAAUCAGGGAUAAGAGGCUAUUGAGGAAGAGGCAUCGGUUUAAAUACUCCCGAAGAACAUUGCAAACGAGAAUACCUGUUUGAAUGAUUCUUCUCUAACUGUUUAUAGGACUAAAAGCACUAUAUUCAUAGGGAGUAAAACUUGAUUUUGUACAAAUCAUGAUUGAUUUCUUUUCUCAUAAAUUUUUCUAUGGAGCUCAAAAAUCACAGGAUGCUGAGUUCUGUUGCAUGAGACAUUCAAAAGAGACUUUACGACUAACAUUUAGUAAGUUGUUCCGGAAGCUGGUCAGUAUUAGUAUCUUUGAAGCUUCCAACAUAAUACUAUUAUUGAUUAGGCUAGUCAAAGGUCAGUGUAAUACUUAUUUUACAUUAUUCAUUUUUAUCUCUCAUUUUGAUUGAACUA